UCUAAGCUUAUUUUACUUUUCUCAUUUGACUAAAAUGCAUGCGAUAUGGAGUUGGAAACCUUUUAUAUUUCUUAUUUUUUUAGUCCCUCAUAGUAAAGGAAAACUUCUUGAGGUGGAUAAAGCAGCUUUGAUCGUUAUAGAUGAAAUUAAGCUUCAAUUAACAAGCUUUGGUGACGGUUUUACAAAACUUCAGAACCGUCAUCAAAACUGUACCAACAGACUUCAGUUAUAUAAAGAUCCUACCGAGCGUUACCCGCCUGUCUUUAGAAAGUCUGUCUGGAAGCUGAUAAAGGAUAUUAAAAAAAAAUUGGGCCUAGUCGAGAAAAUAAUCAAAAAUGUUUGUCAUGAAAGAGUGCCACAGACAGAUCCUGGCUCAGAGCCUGAUGCAGAGCUGGAUACAUUACUUCGGACUGGAACGGCCCUAGAACCAUAUACCAAUCGAAAAAUCCACCAACCGAGAAGUCCAACUCCCGUUACAGUCGCCCCAACCAAACUACCGAAGGAAACUUGUGUUGCCGUCCAGACAGAUUUGAAAAAGGCCAAUGGUGAUAUGGAGCUUAAACAAGUAAUGAAAUGUACAGAGAAUUAAAAGUAUUAAAACUUACCAAAGGUCCUCCCAAAGUCAUAAAAAUUACACAUCCUGGAACUAUCCCAGCAUAUCCAUUUUUAUCGGUAUUAGUUCCUGAAGAAAUCUAUUCAGUUUAUCCUCUUCCAUGCCAUUUUCAUUAAAUGCUUCCCAGGCGUACCCUUGCAUCCUUAAUAAGAGAAUAAAAAUUAUUUUGAUUUGAGGCUUA